GUUGAAUUUAAAAAGCCCCAACUCAGACUCAGACUCCAGUUAAUUCAUUUCUCAGUGUACAUGUAACACCAGAGGACAGAGAAUGAAGGAAAUACCACUGUCUGUCAUUAUUGUACUACACAUCUGGUCCUACAGUGUUAAAGCUCAAGAAUCUGGAAAAGUCUGUGAAAGACCCCAACUGGACAAUGGCUUUGUUGACCCGGAGCAGAACAUGUACCAGGAUGGCAUGACUUUGACUUAUGCCUGUGAUAAAGGUCUGAAAACACCAAUGGAAGGCUGGUGGGGGAUGAUUACAUGUGAGAAUGGUAGAUGGUCUGAUACUCCUCUGUGUACGGCCAGUCGUUCUUGUGAUGCACCUCCUCAAGUGAACCAUGCAACCGUUGUUCAACAAUAUCAAAACAACUUUAGUAAUGGAUCAAAAGUGGUUUAUAAAUGCAAAAGAUCCUACAUAAUGGAAGGGAAUGCAGAUGUAGUCUGCCUUUUAGGAGAAUGGACCUCCGCCCCCACAUGCAGUCAUGAGACCUUACGGAAGUGUAGGGACAAGGAGUUUCAGUGCAGUAACAGAAGGUGUAUACCGACCAUCUGGAGGUGCGACAAAGAUGACGACUGUUCCGACAACAGCGACGAGGAAAACUGUGAAUAUGAACUACCAUGUCAUCCCAUUCAGGUUAUGAAAAAGUAGAUCCAUAAUGGGUUGUUCAUGAUGAAGAUGUGACUUACCGAAAGACCCGAGGAUGGAUAAUACCUUGUCCAGUUGUGCACAUAUUACAACAUAUGUGUAUUUUCUUAACAGGGCUAGGAACAGCAAAUCACCCGAAGAGAGGAAAAGAAAAAUAGAUUGUUUAGGAUAAAACUGAUAAAUGUAGCUUUUACAUUUGGGUUAUGAUAUAGAAAAUGAUUUAUAGCACAAGGGCUUCAAAAUUCAAGAGGCACUCGCACAUCUAAACAGUCUUUUUUGCAGGUGCAUGGUAACAGUUGAACAAGAUGAAGGAAAAAGGAAACCGCACACUGCUCUUGAUAGUAUCACUGAUCUUUAAUGAGCUUACGUAUCGGCCUCACGGCCUUCGUCAGGGCUUUUAGCACAAGGGGUUCAAAUGGAGGGGAGCAGAGUAGGGUUCCAUCAUGACCGAUCUCCAUCAUCUUAGGACUGGAUAGAGCCUCCUGGGUGGUGCAGUGGUCUAAGGCUGUGCCAGUAGAUAUCCUGGUUCGAGUCCAGGCUUUGUCGCAGCCGCCCAGCCGGCAGGGAUGUUCUUGUCCCGUUGCGCUCGAAUGACUCCUGUGGUGGGAUGAGUGCAAUGCAUGCUGACAUGAUCACUAGGUGUGCAAUAGUAAAGAACUGCUCAUGACUGGAUUACAUUUGGAAACAACAAUAUGAAACUGUCAAUAAAUUAAUGUGUAUGUGGGACACUGAUCCUCCUGUAUCUUA